UCACAACUCUUUUUAUUUAUGUUAUGAAUCAUUUGUCGAACGAGAAAUAAGAGAUUCGCGUUCGUUUUAUAAUUUCUUUUUCCCGAUAAAACGUGCAGUUAAAUUAAAUUCUUGUUGCUUAAGUUCAUAGUAUUCAUCAUUUCGCUCAAACUAAGACUAAAUAAUUCUUAUGCGAACACAGUGGCACAGAUAAGUACCAGAGGAAGUAAGGCGAAAUUACGUGUUAAUGUAGAACAGUGUCAUUUGAGCCACACACAAACAAAAAGAAAUCGCAUUUUUAGAGGCCUUUUUUGUUAUCAGUUUUGUUGUGGAAAAGAAACGAAAUCAAUUGGAUGUGCGGUAAUACAUAAGAGGUCAGGUUCAUACAAAUUGCAACAAUAUUAUUACUCAUCUGGAACUGAAAGUAAAUAGAAUCGCAAAAAAUUGCAUUCACUACCAGCUAGUCGAUUCGGAGUCAGCAAAAUAGAAAAAUUUCCUUUAUAUUCAAACACAACAAACGAAAAAGAAGGCGUCACUCGUUAUUGGAUAUGAUUGUGAGCGGGCCAGUCAUCAAAAGUUAAUUUCCACUAAAUAUGUUAGCACCCAGUACUACUGACGAUGAAGGUCAAAGCAGCAGUCAUAAUCUUUAUUCCGACGGACGUGACGAUGCAGAUGAUAUUUACGAUAAUGAACCGUUAAUACUAUCGCGACCAUCAGACGACGAUGGCAAAUUUCCCAAAGCUCGUCAAAUUCUCGGUUUGAUGGGAUUCCUUGGUUUCGCGAAUGUGUACGCGAUGCGAGUCAACUUAUCUGUUGCUGUCGUGGCCAUGAUCAAUGAGACGGCAAUUCCGUCAACGGUGACUAACGAAUCGGAUGUGUGUCCAAUGCCUCCGAUUACAAACUCAACGAUACCAAGGAAAGAAGGCGAAUUCGUUUGGGAUGAGGCUACCCAAGGACUUGUACUUGGAUCUUUUUUCUACGGUUACGUACUGACUCAGGUGCCUGGUGGGCGAUUAGCUGAGAUGUUUGGGGGUAAAUUAAUUUACGGUUUUGGCGUACUGAUCACCGCGAUAUUUACACUAUUAACGCCAAUCGCUGCCUACUACAGUCUUCCAGCAUUAGUUUUAGUCCGAAUAUUAGAGGGAAUGGGCGAAGGUGUUACAUUUCCAGCGAUGCACGCAAUGUUAGCUCGAUGGAUACCCCCUUUAGAACGCAGUAAAUUCGCUGCACUAGUGUAUGCGGGAACCAAUUUUGGCACAGUCAUAUCGUUACCAUUAUCUGGCUGGUUAUGUUCUAUCGAGUAUAUGGGCGGUUGGCCGCUCGCGUUUUACAUAUUCGGAGUGUUAGGAAUCAUUUGGUUCAUUUUCUGGUUGUAUUUAGUGUAUGACACGCCAAACAGUCAUCCACGAAUAACAGCCGCAGAGCGAACGUACAUCGAACGUGCGGUUAAACGUCCCGAUGACGAGCUCCUUGAUCCGGCCGAAGAGAGUGUAGUACCGUGGCGAUCGAUAAUCACUUCAGUGCCGCUGUGGGCCAUUCUGAUAACACAAUGCGGCCAGUCGUGGGCAUUCUACACACAGCUCACCGAACUGCCCACGUACAUGGACAACAUUUUACAUAUGGACAUUCAACAGAAUGCUGUUCUGUCGGCUCUGCCUUAUUUGACCAGUUGGAUUAUGGGCAUUGUAUUUUCAAUUUUUGCUGAUUGGUUGCUACAGAAAGGAUACAUAUCACAACUGAACUCGUACAAACUGUGGAAUUCCGUGGCUUCGAUAGUUCCAUCGUUAGGUUUAAUCGGUGUCGCUUAUGGUGGCUGUAAUUGGAUAUGGGUGAUGAUUAUGUUAGCCGGGGCUGGUUCAUUUCAGGGUGCUGUUUAUGCUGGUAAUCAAAUGAAUCACAUUGCAUUAAGUCCAAAAUAUGCGGGCACAAUGUAUGGUAUUACGAAUGGUGCGGCCAAUACGUGCGGUUUCAUGGCUCCGUACAUUGUCGGAUUGAUAAUUAGGGGCGACGAAACGCUGGGCCAGUGGCGUUUAGUAUUUUAUUUAGCUGCAUUUAUUAAUAUCAUGGGAAAUUUUGUAUAUAUGCUGUUCGCAAGUUCCGAGGAACAAGCCUGGUCGAAGUCUAGGAUCAUUAAAAAUUAGGAAAUUAGAAAAAUUAAACAUUUGAAAUGCGACGGUGUGCGAUUACUUUCCAUGACAGAUUCGUAUAUGUGAAAGUGUAUUUGGUAAAUUGUUUAAGUGCUAGCGCGACGAUCUAUUAGUUCGUCACAAAUUAUAUUUGUAUAUUAGUUUCCUGUUUCUUUAUGCUAUUUUUUAUUUAAAAAAGAAAGAAAAUUAAAAACGAUCUAUUUUUCA